GUUGGCAACAAUCCUGGACAUGACAUCGCGACCAGCAACAACACAUGUACCCAGGCGAGGUUCCACAGGCAUCCCAGAACCCAGCCUCCGUCCAGGUUCAGCAUCUACUUCUCGGCGCUCAGAUCGACCGUAUUCGGCGUCAACUUUACCGACUUCCAUCGCAAAUACGCGCUUCAAGACCUUCCAGGUGCAGCAUGAUAUUUUGUGCCGAAAUCCUAUCCUCGCAGCAAUUGCACAGGAAAUCCCAUGGAAGAAUUUGUUCGACCUGUUCCUCUUGAAGUUCUUUGCUGUUGGAGACCAACUGUGGGCGCAGGGCGACCAACCGCAUGAACUCGCAUUCGUGCUGUGCGGUGGCUUCCUUGCAAGAAGCAUGGACGAGACCACAGAGACCAGCACACCUACGGACAUAUUCGAAGCAGAAAAGCCGAAGGCACGAGUUUUCGCCGAGAAAAUGAUUAAACCUGGUGGAAGUCUUGCCGCCUAUUCGGUGCUCAAAGGAACACCGUUGCCUUAUGCUAUCGUGACAACCCGGUUCAAAUCCAUUUUGUUGUCUCUACCAAGCCAACGACUGAAAUCUAUAAUGCGGCAACUAAAACCAGCUACGCAGGACGUAGUGGAGCAGUUGAUUUACGAGAACGAGAAGAAACUAAUGGAGUCUCUAUCGCUACCAUUUCGAGUUCGUCGAGACCCUCGUGUUUCUACAGCUCCAGCAAGCAACAAACAGCGUGUUGGUCGAGCGAAGAAACGGGUAACAUCGUCGCUUGUUGAUCGCCUCAUGGGUUCCUCUGAGAAAAGUGCCAUGAAGAGAAGUGCAUCUACCUCUGCCGUUGCAGAUGCGCCAUCGUGGGCAUCACUGCAAGUGGCGAAGCCCAUGGAAUACGACGUCAAUUCUUCGUUGCUCAUUCUGCACCAGUCUAGUUCCACUGGGAAUUUGCACUUGCCGACCUCAACAACUGCCCAAUUGCGGUCGUCUAACCUCAGUGCAAUAGCUGCCCAGAUCGCCAAGAAACAUACACAAAGACGUUUGAACAGCAUCAAACUGCCGGUGCAGACGGAGGCGUUUCCACCGAGGCGUCUGACCGAGCAACGGGAGCUUUUAGAGAAGGAUGGCAGUGGCCAUUGUAUGGAAUUGGUUGAGCAGCUUUUACGGAAGCAACCAAAGCGACUAGCUGUAGAUGUGGUGCCGAAAGAGCGAGUGGGUCGGUUGCUAAAGCCUUUGAAAAAGCCUGCAAUGAUUCCACAUACCUCAGGCAGUAACGAUAACAUGGGAGAGACCAUGGGACGGCGUAGUCGAAGAGUGCUCGUGGCAAAUCGCAGCGAGCACUUCCGAGACGCGUCGCAGGGAAUAUUUGCCGACUAAGUAUUGUUUACAAUAGUGCUUCAGGGAUUUCCAAGCGGUUGCUCCCACGGUCGCCCCAGCACUGAAUACCGCCGUCUUCGUAGCGAAUGCCGCAACCAUGAUUCCAGCCCAACGUCAGCUCGUCAAACUGCACGUCUGUGGGUGCUGCAGUCACGCCGGAGCGCAUACCCCAGCACGUCACCGUUUUGUCUAGCUGCAGAGCGACCAAACAUUAGUCACCAUUGUGUGCAAAUACAUUGUAACGGGAUCCCAGUGCGCACCUUCAGUCCACAUGCCGCAAGUCUGCUCGUGCUAACUAGAAUGAACUUUUCAUCGCUCGGCGGACUCGCUUGGUUGCGAUGAUUGUCACCCCA